AGUGUUGUGACAAAGUUUGUCUCCACCUCAAACGGCACACCACAAUUUUCAUCUGUCAUCGUAAUUCUUUACCCGCCAUCAAACCAAAUCGUUUUUCCACUUACCUUGCGACCCGUUAGAAGUACGAGUGAACUUUUUCUUUUCGCAAAAAAUUUUAGUGAAAAUGGAAUUUUUCUCUAAGACCCGCACGCGAUGCGGGUUUUAGAGGAUAAGUGCAAAGAGCGAAUAAGAUACCGGUUCUAAAACAACAUUACAUUACGCGACCCCUUCCCUAGUUUUUACCAGGAAUAACACCUUCACCCCUAGGACACUAUGACGCAGGCCUCUGGCGGCAGCGGCGACAAGGCCGAGCGGCCGGUGCAGCGCUUGCCGCUGAACGUGGUCCAGCAGCUGAAAAGGGAUCCGAGCAGCGGGCGGUACGGCCGGAGUGACCUGAUGGAUGUGAAGGAGAAGCAAGAUUUACUCUAUUCCGUCCAGGAGGAAAACAUGUCGCUGAAGAAAACCAACGUGAAGCUUGCGGAGCAGGUGAAGCAGCUGGGCGUGCGGUUCGGACAGAUCCAGAAGGAGAUGCAGCGCGAGGGUUACGUGGUGGACAAGCCCGCUUCGCAGAAGGAGGUCGAACGGUUGCACAAGGCGUUGAAUGACGGGUUCACCGGCACGUCCGCGAGUUCCUCCUCCCAACCCUGGGUCCCCGCCACGGGUCGAUCCAAAUCCCCCGGGCCGGGCGGCGGCGGGCCGAAGUCGCCGGGGGUCACGAAGCAGACCCGGCGGGCGGUCACCGGCACGGGGAUGCUGCGGAACCGGACGGCAUUGUCGCCGGGUGGCCGGGGUCCCUCACCGGAAAGGAGUGGCGUCGCGAGGAUGCUGGUCGAGGAGACCGAGGCUUUGCGGAAGCAGAUAGGCGAUCUGAAGGACAAAAACGAGCGACUGACGAACCAAAUGGAGGGCGUCAUGAGCGCGCGAGGGAACAAAGGCGUGUCCGCUGUGGAGGUGGCGUUUUACCGCGAGCAGCUGGACGACAAGGAGCAGAGAAUUAAGCAACUGCAGAAAAGUCUCGAUGAAGACCGAGACAGCUUCCACAAGGAGAGAAAAGAAAUGACCGCGACGGUAUUUUUUGUCAAAGCGUGAAUUCCACUAAGCUAGCCCUAACCUCUCGAAUUAGUUCAUCUCUGUUUCGACGUUGUGCAACAUACUUACGAUAACUGCACUAUUCAACAACCUGAAAUGCCAAUGUAUCUCAGGUAAAUCGUCUCGAGAAAGAGAAGCUCGCAGUGGAAUCUGACCUCCGUCACGCGCUCGCUCUCGGCGACGAGACAGAAAACGCCAGCCUGCACCGAAAAGUGAAGGAGUCCGAUGACAUGAACAAGAAAUUAAUGGAGAAAAUCAACUCCCUCACUUCCAAUGCCUUCAUUAGCACCGCGGACACGCGGGUCGCGUCCGCGAAACGACUCGAGCGGCUAGAAGAGGAGCUGGUAGAGAAGCAAAAAGCACUGGAGGGCGCCAUUGCGGACAAGCAAAAAGUAACUUUCGAGAUCACCGAGAUGAAAAACAAAGUGACCGCCGCCGAGGAGAAGUACAAAACAACAUGGGAGGAAAACGAACGGAUUCGGAUCCGGCUCGAGGAAAGGGAGAAACAAGCGAAGGCCGUGGAAGAGCAGCUCCAAGUUUUGCGUGAUUCGCUUCCGCCAGAAGAACGCGCAGCCGUGGAGAAGUCUUUGUCGUUAGCCUUGACCAGUUCCGUCGUCCCCGCAGCGUUCGCUUCCUCGCAGGUCGAGCGCGGAGCCACUUCUGUACCCUCGAAAAGCGACGUGGGGUCCAUCGAGGGGCUGACGAAGGUGGUGUCGCAGCUCCGACGGGAAAAAGCAGACCUCGCGCAGGAGAUGACGGCGCUGCAAAACAUCCUGCGGCGCGAGUCGGAGAUCAACGCAGAACUGAAGACUCUGCACCAGUACGACUUGGCAGACAUGCAAACGAAAUCCGAAGCGAUGCUGGCGGACCGAGAAAAGUGGGAGCGGCUUGCGAAGAGCAGGGAAACUAAGGUAUAGUACUUUUACUGAGUGCGACGCUUAGAGAUGCUGGCGCAUUGUUCUUACAUCCACCUGUUAUGACACAGAUAGAAAACGCAUUGUGUUUGUCCCCAAGCGAUCCUGAAAUUUAACUAAGGGAGAAUGAACUUGACAAAACUGAAAAUGAACUUGCCUACAACUACAGGUCAAAGACCUCCAGAAGCAGAUCCGUCAGUUGGAGCAGGUCCAGGUGGAACGCGACGACGACGUGAUCAGCGAAGCCGGGUUUUCGGACAUUUCCGCCGACAUGCAGCAAAGCAGCGAAAAUAACGCACUGGAUUUGGUCGUCAACUCGGCGAAAAUCGAAUUCAAGGUCUUGUCGCAGCAUUUCUUCCCGAACAUGCCGAUUUUCCUGGCGGAGAACAGUCUGAUGACCAACGUGCUGAUCGACUUCUACGAAUUCGACACGGUUUCCUCGCGGACGGCCUCCGGGUUGGAACCCCGCUACGACAGCAUCAUCACCUGCAGUCCCUUCGUCAUGAAUGAGCAGGCCAUCAAGUUCUUCAACACCGGCGCGAUCCGCUUCAGCCUGCAGGCGUUCGCGAUCCCACAACAGCAGCAGCAGGGGCAGAACCCGGCGCUAGCUGCCACGCAAGGCCCGCCGGUGGUGGUCGGGGAGGCGAUUUUGCCGCUGGUCCACUUGCUGAACUGCACACCGCUGGACCCGAACCCGAUGGUGUCGGGGACUUUGAAGUUCGUCAGCAAGAAGGACCCGAACACGACGAUCGCGCACCUGUCGUACAAGAUGAAACUGCGCUUCUCCGUCCUCGACCUACUGCACAACUUCCAGCACCAGCGAAACAAGGACGAGCUGUCUCUGCAGAUGGCGAAACCGGAGUUCGAUCCGGCUUUGGUGGAUCAGGUAAAAGACAAUGCGAAUGUUUUGGACCAGUUGGAUUCUGUUUUGGACAAUUUGGAGAAGCGCCAAUGGGAGGAGUAUCUCACCAAGCAGAGAGAGGAGGGACUGAUGCGCGAAGCGAACGGGUUUUACGGCGACAGGAACAUCAAGGGUGCUGCUGUUCCAAAAAUGCCGAUGGUAUCGCAGUUGAGAACCAGCUCGCCACCACCACGGUUCCGAAUUGAGGCCAGACUGGCGAAAAACGCGGCGAUGUCGCCGGAAACAGAGGGCUUGUUGCCCCCCGUUCCGGAAAAGGAAAGUGGGGGGCAGAACUUUCAAAACGAAAGCGACACUAUCGCAGCUAUGAUGGAGAAUGUCAACAAUGAGAGAGAGCGCAUGUUCGCAGAGUUAGACAGCGAGAGAAAGCAAUUGGAGUCUUUUGCGUCGGAUUUGGCGCAGACUCGGCUGGACCGCGAUGCGCAGCUGGUGCGGGACCUGGUGGACAGGAUCCUCGGGACUGACACGGUGCCACCAGAGGUGAAAAGGUUUGAUGCCAUUUACUCCCCGCGUGGACCACCACAAGCACCGGGGAAAAUGUUGAAAGCGGAGGGGGAGCAGCUUGCGGUUCAGCAAAUGCCGAUGGUGGAAACAGGGGGGGUUGAUGAGGAAGAUAUGAAGAACGCUAAUCAAGAAAUUGGCGCCGUCGGCGGGCGAGAAAAGGAUGGGAAUAUGUUUGCUUUGAUGUCGGAUCUCAAAGCGGAGGGCGCUACGGCGAGUACUGCUGUUGAUCAAGUCGUUAAUGUCCCUCGGGCAAAGGCCGCGGACGAGAUUUUGAACAGUAAAACUGGCCCCUCUCCUCCUGUGGGUGUAAACAAGAUCUCCAUGAUGUCCCCGCUGUCUCUUCCGACUGCGAAACCGGACGACCGGCCGGCCGUUUCGACGCCACGAGUAGUUCAGAGCAAAAUCAGUCAAGGGGUGAGUAAGAAUGUGAGCGAGCACAUGACGCCGCGGCACGAAGAAAACCUGGAGUUCGAAUCUGGACUGGCCUAUACGCCGCGAAGAAAUAGUGCCUCUGAACAGUGGGGGCAGGAGACGGAGAAGCGGAAGAGCAAGACCUUGGAAGGGGCUCCAGCGAUGGACAACCUGCCAACACCUCGACGCUCCAACUCUCCUACCUCUGCCUCCGAUCGCUGGGGCGAGACACAGCAGUACCUCGACAACCCGGCAUUUGCGCAGCGCUACUUCCGCGAGCGCUCGAAAGAAGAGUGGGAACAGACGCCCGAGAGCGCGCGCCGCCGGGCGAUUCAGAAGUACAAUGAGACACAGGAUUGGCAAGAAGCAACAAAGAUUCUGCACCAGCACAUCCAAACAAAAGAAGAGGCACUGAAGCGCGUGGAAGAAAGGAGGGCGGCCGUCGUAGCUGAAGCGCAGAAUAACCCGCUUUCGCAAAAAUUGGACAAGAUGCUGCAAGAAAACCAGUGAGGCUUGGGUUCAAAAGUUGGAGGCUCGAGCGGCGGACUAGGAUGGCGGAGCCUUAUGAAAAAUAUGCGCACCACCUGUACACUAUGCCUAUCGACCACUUAUCAAUCCGAGACUGGCGUUGCUUGCGGUCUCGUUUGUACCGAAAUCAUGUGGACCGCGAUUUGACCGAGAUUUGGCUUUUUUUACCAGAGUCACAAAGAGUUUACUUAGGCACGAUAGCAAAAGAAAAAUGCAAAGUGGCGAUAUGUGGCGGGGAGCCUGAGUGUUAAUCGUGAGAGAAACAAGAUGAUGGAGUUGAGAGAGAGAGGAACCAGAGACAGGUUACAAGGAUGUGAAGCCGGAUCCAGUUCACGUCAACCGCGUGGGUGCGGCGCAAAAACCAAGCUUCAGAACAGAGAUCAUGCCUCUUUCAUCUAUCCUCUUUAGUCCGUCGUUUUGUGACAAUUGAUUUGUCGUGCAACCCACCGUCGUUUCGAAAGAUUGAAGUUCUGUCUUUGAUCAAUAAAUUUCAGAUCCAGCAGCUGUUCGUGCAGUUCUACCAGUGCUCCGGUUUCACGAAACUGCCAACGAACAUCCUGGAUUCCGGGCGGGUCUACCUGCAAUACGACAUUUCCGGCUACGAGCGGCCCAUCGCCACAAAAGCUGUACGGUUCACGAAUAUCGCACAGGUAAUAAGAGGCUAAUAUGAAAAUCUACUCGUUGCAUUAUGUAAAUGCGUCACUUCUAAAUCUGAUGAAUGGAUACAAAUUCAAAGCAAAUUGAAAGUCAGCGCAUGCUGUUAUGCAGCGCUAGGUAAACGAAAACGCAAAUCGAAUUCCAAACCUCCCAGGGAACAUGUCGGUUCGACGAGGAUCGUCGGGUUCCGGUUCGCGUGAACGACCAGUUUCUGAUGUGGGCCGAAAGCGGCCGCGGCCUGACCAUUGGCCUGUACGCGGACAGCACGAAGCAGAAGCUCGCGGAAGUCCGCGUCCCCAUCCAGAGCCUGCUCCGCGACAGCAUGGGCGUGGUGCGCGGGAAUUUCACCAUGAAGACCAAUCUCGCGGACCCGCGCAGCGUCGCGCUCGGCAGCGUCGACCUCGCCAUUCGCUGGGUCGACGUGGACAGAAGUCGCGUGAAGGCGCUCGCCGCCGGCGGACAGAAGGCGAAGGUGCCGGUCACCCAGGAGCUCUUCACGCAAGUGCUGGAGCGCAUGUCGCGACGGUUGCAGCAGCAGCGGGUUUCCGCCCGCGCGUGGUUCGAGAAGGCCGACCUCGACCGGGACGGGAUGCUGUCGACGCAGGAAUUCACGCAGGAGGCGUUGAAGAUGCCUUUGGGCAUCGACGCAGACGAGCUGAAGCAAGUGUUCACCAUGCUCGACGUCAGCAAGAGGCGGUUCGUGUCCCUCCAGGAAUUCGAGUCCGCCCUGCGCGAAGCGGAAGCAAAGAACACGCCGCUGGAGCAGUGGCGGAAGGAUUGCCUCCUCCGCCUCGCGACCGCGUGCAAGUGGGCCGGGAAAGAGUGGAAGCAGGUCUUCUUCACGGUCACGAAGGGGAACGUGCUGGCGCGAAAGGACUUCGAAACGCAACUCGGGAAUUUUUCCCUCGGGGUGCGCCCCGACCAGGUGAAGAAACUCUGGCAGGUGUUCGACAAGGAAAGCUCCGGCUACGUCCACUUCAACGAUUUUGUCGAUGCGUUCCAAACUUACGUCGGCACGGGAAAUCUGACCACCACCGCCUUCGUCGCGCCCAAGGCGCUGGAGUCCGGCGGCACGGUGGUUGACGCGGGGGAAAUGGACGACGCCUACUUCUACAUCUGCCUGAACCGAAUCAUCAACAAGUUGAAAGACAAGGGCUUUCCGCAGGCGGGCGUCGCCUUCACCACCUUCGAUGCCGACAAGGACGGAAAGUUAGGGAAGGGCGAUGUCAACCGCGCGUUCAAGGAAUUGCAACUAGGUUUCAGCGACUUGGAGAUCGACAUGCUGUUUGCAAGGCUAGCCAGUCGCGGCGGCGCCGGCGCGUUGACGGAUUCGCUGAUUUCGCUCGAAGACUUGAAGAACGCAAUUACCGAGGCGGAGAUCUCCACGAACAAGCAGCCGAUUCUCUGGACGAUCGACAUCUUCUCGAAGCUGAAGGGCGCGAUUGCGCGGUCCGGGAAGGACACGGUGGACGUCUACAACGGUCUUGUCGAGAACAACCGGCGGGGCUUGGUCGAUGAAGGUCCGUUCCUGAACUUGAUCCGGCGCAUGAACCCUGGUCUCAGUGACGACCAGCUGGCAACGCUGUGGCGCGCGCUCGACAAGAGUGCGGACGGCUGUUUGACGAUGGAGACCUUCCAGCGGCAGUUCGGGAAGUCCGGGUUUGAUGAUUUCCUGAACAGCGAUUUGGUGUCCGAGGAGUACUACGUGAUCCUGCUCGGAAAGCUGUUCACGAAGUUGCUGCAGAAGGGGUUCCGGACGACCCGGGAAGCGUUCGACUCGUUUGACACGGACAAAGACCAAAAGAUCACCCAGCAGGAGUUUGACGAGGGGUGUCGGCGGUUGGGCGUCGGCGGUUCGUCCGACGAGCGGUUGAUGGUGUUCAAGAAGAUCGACGUAAACGGAGACGGCGUGGUGAAUAGCGAGGAGUUUGAGAAGGCCAUCGUGAAGGGCUCGCAGUACGAGGGGAUCGAGCGCUGGGCGAAGGAGAUCAUCCAGCGGAUCGUGAACGCAAUCCAAUCCAGCGGGAAGUCGCUGCAGCAGGUGUUUGACGCGUUGGUGGGUUCCUCUCCAACCAUGCGCCUGGAGCAUUUCCAGAAGUUGCUGACGGCGUUCGACGACUCCCUGUCUCCCUCGCAGUUGAAGCGGUUGUGGCAACUGGCGGACAAGAACAACGACGGGUCUGUGGACUUCACGGAAUUCCAGGCGAUGUUCGGGCCGCAGUCGGUGUUCCUGGUCGGCGUUGCGGGCGGGCAGCCGGGGACGGGGGUUCUGACCCCGCAGCCGAUCGCCACCAGCACAGCGCAGCGGGCGCUGAAUGCCACCAGCUCGCGGACGUCACCCCAGGUAACGAACCAGAAUAUGGCGUUCUGCCUGGUAAACCGGCUGAGUCGCAACUUGCAGUACAAGAACGCCACGGUCCACAACACGUUCGGGGUCUACGCGUUGGCGACCACGGGGCCGCAAAACGAACCAGCCAUUCCGCAGGCGGACUGGCAGCACGCGCUCGGUCGCGGCGAUCUGGGGCUGUCCGCGGAAGAAGGUUUGUGGUUGUUGAAGGAGCUGACGCAGGGCGCUGCUCCGAAUGACGUGGGAAAAUUGAGCCUGCCACUGUUGGAGAACUUGCUGAAAGGUGCGCCGAAAACACAGGAAGUCGAAACGUGGACAAGACAGUGGAUCAAACAGGUAGAAGAAGGACGAACUCGGUUUUUGUGUAGUUCAUUUGCUAGCUGCGGUCAUCUUGUUUUUGUGUCUUAAGGGGUGCAAAAUUAAUAAAAUACUCCAACUUCUUCUUCUUCACUACAGUUUGACAUGGAGGCGAUGCGUCGCGGGCACCCGAAGGGCUUGGUGAGUUCUUUUGAAAGCUUCGGAUCUGCACCCCUGCAAAUGGAGACGCUGCGGUCCGAGAUCGGGCGGUUUGCCACACGGGAGUGCACCAUUUUCACCGACGACGAGUGGGACAAGAUCUCUGUUGUCGUGGACAAAGACGCCGAGGGACGCGCGCAGUGGACCUCUUUCUUCCGGUGGAUCAAUUCCGGAGAGCCCCGUACAGAAACUGACGUCAUUUUUAAGUAGGUUUUCUGCUUAGUGAUUUCCUUGUGCUAGCUUGCUGCAUGUCUCCGACUUGCUUCCCAAAAGUUUUGCGUAAUGCCCUCUAUUUCCACCUCCCAGUUGCGCUGGACGCGUCCGCUGCUGGCGGCCCGCGGCCGGAGGACAUGAAGUACUCCGCCACGACCAUCGGGGGCGUCAACGUCGGCUACCUGAUGACGAUCAUCCGGGAGAAAGUGCAGCGCCGCGGCGUGCAGACGAAGGACAUUUUCUUCCGCUUCAACCAGGGACGGGACCAGACGUUGACCAAAGCCGAGUUUGUGCAGUACCUGCAGUCCAUGCCCCUCGGGUUGACGACCGUGGAGCGGGAGCAGCUGUUCACCUUCGUCGAUUCAGACGGGGACGGCCGGGUGAGCUACACCGAAUUUGACAACGCUUUGUCGUACCACUUCGGCGCGAACAUCGGGCAGGUGCAGGCGGAUGAAAAGUGGGCGCUGGAUUUGUUUACCAGGAUCAAAGCGAGUUUGAAGUCCGCGGACACCACAGGCGCGCCGCUGGAGACGUUGGUGGCGAACUUGUUUGAGAAGAUCGCGACGGUCGACCCCACCGACCGGCACAAAUCCGUCACGAAAGUGAGCCUUUUCCAGACGCUGCGCAUGUUCGAGCAAAGUGCGUCGGAAGCACAACUGGAAAAGCUGUUUGCCAUGACGGACAAGGACGGGACUGGGAACAUUGACUACGACGAAUUUUUGGCAGCGGUCUUGGGAAUCAAACCCUCUUUGAUGCAAAGUAAGAAUCCCGUGCAGCAGGCCUACCAAAACGUCUUGGAGACGAUUGGCUCCGCCGUCCCCGACCCCACGGCGCACACGGCGCAGGAGGAGCCGCCGGAAGCGCUGAAGAAAGUCAUGGGUAUAGCGCGUUUUUUUUCAUUUUGGAUUUCGCUGCGACCCUUUGACUUUCGCUUUUUGCAACUUGUGUACUAUGGGGACAAAACUUUUUCUUUUGAAUUCUUUGGUAUCUGCUCACAUCAUAUGCCACAAUAGCUGCGAUGGCCGCCGCGUUGCCCGCGAUGCAGAAGAACAUGCUGCAAGUGUGCCAGGUGUUCGACGCAGAUGCCGAUGGACGGUUACGGGAAAAGGAAGUGUUCCAGCUGUUCAAUGCGUUUCCGGAACCGGUCCAGGUGCUUAUCGAAAGCGACAGACAGACGAAAAACGACGUCUUCAACAUGCUUGUCGACUGCUACCCAGGGCGGGACAUUCAGCCCAACGAGAACGUCAAGAUCGGCAGCAUGGAGCCGACCAUCUCGGCAAACCUCUUCAGUUACGCGGUCGACCGCAGUGGUGCCAGCAGUGAGGGCGGAACCGCGAGCGAAAUCACCACCCCGGAACUGUGCAAGAAAAUCGUGGACGCUUGUAUGGAGAAGCGGAAGGCGCGGGGAUUGAGUGUCGGUACAAAUACUUACUUUAAUGACUUCUUGAAGUGUCGACUGAUGUAGCUUUAUCCGCAGCUGUUGUGAUGAAAGAAACAGAUUUUGGACUGCAUCGACAAAUAAAUCCGUGGAAAAAUCCAGGUGCCCCCGGAGUCUACGAGGAGCUAGCAGCCUACAUGACGCAGCCGGGCGGUCAAUCGCUGACCAAGCAGCAGUUCGUCUCCGUCGUGGUGACACUCGUUCCAACAUUGCGCGCUGACAUCGUCGAAAAACGCUUUCCAACACUACCACUGCUAACUACUGGCGACCUCGAUUUACCUGCGUUUGUGCAGAAGUUCGCGCCGGCAGAUGCAGCGACCGCGGGCGGACCCCCGCCGAUGGGGUCCUUGGUACCGGCAGCGCCGAUGAUGCCGCCCCCGCAGGCCGCGCCGAAAGCACCAGUGAAUACCGGACUGCCGUUCACAGUGACCGACGUGCAAAUCGAUCCAACCACCUUCCUCGUGGACGUCGUCGCGAUGUUCGUGCGCGAGCUGUACCCGAAGCAGUCCGCGGAGAUUACGUUCCGGCAGCUGGACCCGCAGGGACUCGGGGAAGUAAACCAAAAGAUGCUCGAGGACGGAUUACGGCAGCUCGGGUGCAACCUGGCGCCGCUGCAGGCCGCAAAUUUCUUCGAACAGCUGAAAAUCGUGAGCGCAGCAUCCCUGGCUGCGAACCCGUUGAAGACGACGGUUUCGAAAGCAGACUUCACCGAGGCUUUCGGCCGAGCGAAUAAAAACAAUGAACUCUACUACUUCGCGGUGAUUCGUCGCAUUGUCGAGGCGGAAGGCGCUGGCGUCGCCAUGGCCGGAACUACGGCUGCCACCGUCUCCUCACCGCACCCGCUGUUGGAGACCGUGUGGGCGCGUGGCUUCGGCACGGAUAAACAGGAAGUGACGAAGUACGAGGUGGAGAACUGGGUCGCGAAGUACGAUUUGACGCUCUCCGACGCGCAGAAGGACGCAUUAUGGGCAGUCUUGUGCAACGACGCGAAGGCGGAGAAGUUGUCGAAGACGAGGUUUAUGCAGGUGCUGGAGAACGUGGGACGACCGGUGGUGAUGUUCGGCGACGUCCGGUUGUUGACCAAGCAGCAACUGAAGACGGUGAUGACGGUGCUGGAAACAUGGUACACGAGCAGCACGCAGGGUGCACCCGUCAACGCCCAGUCCAUGCUGCCAAAGAACGAGGUGAUUCGGGUAUUGCGUUACGCGCUUCCGGGCCUCACCUCCCGCGGCUUGGAGCAUCUGCUCCGCUUGAUGCCGACGAAGGGCGGGCCAGCGGGGGACUGCAUUUUCCUGAAAUUCCGCGAGAAACUCGACCCGGCAAUCGAGAUGCAGCGCGCAGACGCGAAGCUGCCAAAGCCGUACGACAAACAAGCACUGCAACCCGCGGCGACGUACUUGAAGCAAAUGAUGGAGAAGAAGCGUUUCCGAAACAUGCAGGACUGUUUGGCGCAAGCGUUCCCGAAUAACGAUUUGAAGCAGCGCGAGAGCCGCGUACCGUGGCGGGAUUUGGGGCCCAAUCUGCAGCGGGUGCUGGGUUUAUCAAAUCAGGACAUCGCGAACCUGUUACAGAACGAAGCGACAAGUAUUCUCCAACUGACAUUGAUGGACAGCCAAACGCAAACGCUCGAUCUGGUCGAACUGGGACAGCGCAUGGACCACUUAUGCGGGACGGCGCAGACUACGGGGUCCGAUCCGAAGAAGGCAGUGCGUGCUUCGCAAGACCCCAGCCCAAUGGUCGACUUGCUGUCGCUUCCGCAGCAGAACGCAUUGGUGUACGGUUUGGAGGACUUGCUAGUGAAAAAGGAAAAAGAGGGCCCGAUGCUGGAACAGGUUUUCCAAACCAUGGAGACGUCGAAGCUGGUCGCAAAAACGUUGUCCGCCAACGAAAAAAUGGCAGUGCAGAACUACCUGUCCGCCGAUACCAUUUACGUGGAGAAUAAGAACUUUGCGGCGCUGUUCGCGUUCUCCGUGCAAGUCGAGAAGAUGUCUUUGAAGCAAACCGGGCCGAAAGAGUUCACCUGGCGGGGAUUCUUCUUCGUGGUGAAGUUCGCGGGCUAUUCAGUGACUUUACCCCGUUUCGAACUCCCAAAAGCGACUGGGUUCUUCAAGAAAUCCGAGAUCCAGCCGGUCACCUGGCGGCAGUUCGGCGAGUUCUUCUUGGACGGCCCGAACAAGCUUGCCGCCCUCGACAUUCGAAAAGCCAUGGACCCCAAUGCGCCCGAGCCUUUGACCUUCGAGCUGUACGGCGAAGCACCGGCAGAGAACACGACGGCCAGCAUCUCGCCGCGCGGCGGCGCACCGGCACAGCUGCUCGGCAGCUUCGCGUUUCGCCUCGGUCAGGAGCCCUGGAUGCCAGGAAGGGAUCUGCGUUUCACGGAAACCAAGAUCGUCAACGUCGAGCCGCAGACGAAGAAGCCGAUGUUCGAGUUCAAUUUUACCGUUUCUACAAGAAACGCUGGCCGCUUGCUCGAAGCGCUGUCGAAACCCAGUAACGGGUGGGCGAAGCAGGAGUUUUCGCAGAACAUCUUCGGCCGCAUCUUCGAGAAGCGCCAGAAGGAAAGCCGGCCCAUCUUCUUCGCGCAGGGUGUAGCGGAGGAGGUGAAGGUCUUCAGCGCGCGGAAGGACGACGCCCUCCAGCAGGCCGAGUUCGGGAAGUUUCUCGAGCGGUUCGCGGAACCCACCCUGACCCGCAACCCCGUGCUGAUGGAGUGUCUGUGGAAGGCUGCGUACCGGGUAUCCCCGGACAUGCUCGAAGUGGAACGCGGGUUGAAGACCGACAUACCGUUGGCCAUUCCAGUUGAUGCUUUCGUGAAAACCUACAUGGAGGAGCGGAACAAGCUGCAGCGGUCCGCCACGGCCGAGGACGACGUGUUGUCGGUGGAGAACGUGGACCCGGUGCUGUACGACAUGCUGAUGGCAGAAAUCCGAUUCCGGAUUCUCAUGCGCCGGCAGUCCCUGUCCGCCCUGUUCCGCCAGAUGGACGAGUCCGGCGACGGCAACAUCGACGUCGACGAGCUCUUCAUGGCGUUCAAGAAGACUUUGAACGCGGAGUUCAGCCGCGACCAGGUCCGCAUGCUGCACAACUUCAUGGCCAAGGGCGAGACCGGCGGCGACAUUUCGGAAGCGCACUUCGUCGAGCUGUUCGGGCGCAUGAGCCCAACGCUGGACAGCUACUUGUUCCUGAUGCUGCGCCAGAUCGCGUACCACAUCCAGCAGAACCAGUCCGCGAACUACAACAUCGACAUGCUGUGGCGCAGCAUCCCGAGGACCAGCGGAGAUUUGACGAAAUUGUACAAGCCCGAGUUCCUCUCUUUCGUCCAGGAGAACUACGACUGCACGCUGACGCCACAGCAAAUGGACCGCCUUUGGCUGCUGGUGGAUCGGGAGCGGAAGCAGUUCCUCGACCAGGCGAUGUUCGCGCGCAUCCUGUCCGCCCCGGUGCCGGUGCAGAAGUUCGAGGACCUUGCCCAGGUAAUCCAGACCAUGAGCAGCAAGAAGAUCGGCAGUCUGCUGAAGAUGUUCGAGCAUUUGGAUCUCCGUAAAACCCGCUGGAUCACGCGCAACGAGUUCUGUCUCGCCCUGAAGCUUUCCAUGCCAGUGGAACUCGGUGGGGAGGUGGAACUGAACCAGAUUCUCCGCCUCGCGCCGAACAAGGGCGGCCCGAUGGAUCCGUACCAAACCUACAACUACCACGAGUUCCUGCAGAAAUUGGAGGAGAAGGUCGACGUGAACCGGGGGCCGCUGGACGACGUGCGGAAAAUUGCCAUUCUCAAAUCGGUGCAGGACGUGCAGCAGAUUUUGAGUCGAAAGAACAUCGUCUCGCUGCAAUCCCUGAUGCAGGACAUCGCGCAGCAGGUCCAGCGGGAAACCGGUGCGGCGGCGGUCAAUUACCGCGUGGACUGCGAGGCGCUGGUCAAUCACCUGCGGGCGCGACUGGAGCUGAAUCCAGAAGAGGUGCUCGAGUACUUGAGCGGAGAGUCCGCGUCCUUGUUGUAUCUCGGCACGAUUUCCGACGUUCUUGGUCGCCGCGUCGUGGACGUCAUGGAGAUCGCGGCGCGGUUUGAGCAUUUGCGAACGGAGGAGGAGGCGCUGGUCCGGCGGGCUAGCAAAUCCCAAUCCGGUGCGGCUUCUCCAGGAUUGGCGGACCAGGUGGGGUCACUCGCAAUGAAGCGCAAGCCGGCGCGGGCCAUCGAUUACAACGACGGACGGAGCGUGCUCUGCCCACUGCGCCUGCCGAUCGAGAAGCAGGCGGAGCUGUGCGAGGUCUUCGAGGUAAAGUACAAGGACGGGGUCAUUCCGUUCGACAAGUUGUCCGGUUCACUGGUGGAGAUGCAGGCGGGCAUCAGUCGUGGUGACCUCGACAGUCUGCAGAAGUGGUCGCAGCAAACGAACAACGCGGUUUACUACCCCGCGGUCACGUGCUUUUCCGUCAUGCUGGAGAAGAUGUGCGUGAAGAGCAGCGCGGCCAAGGACUACUUCACGCAGUUCCGGUUGGACCUCAGUUUCGGGCAGCAGAUGGUGGCGCUGAACAGUUUCACACCGCCCAAACAGCAGAAGGGGUUCAUGGGCGGCGUGUCCAAAGUGUUCAUGCCGACCGACUGGUUCCAGGCGGCGGAAUUCUACCUGGAUGGGCCGGAGCGGGUGUCGUUGAAGAAGCUAGUCGCGGCGACGCAAGCGGACGCAAAAGCGGAGGACAUGCUGACACUGUUCUUGUACGGACUGGACGCAACGACCAACCAGUGGGUGCCGUUGACCAAGUCCGAAAUUGCCUACGGCGGCCCCGAAUGGCCGCAGGGCCGGGACCUGAACGUCGUCACCAAGUCGUUGACGGUCGACGUCACCGGUGGCGGUCGACCGACAUCCGCGAACGCGAAAAGUGCUUUUUUUACCUUUAUUGAUUCUGAUGUUUUUUGGAGGUUAUUCCAAAACCAAGUUCUUGUGAAGAAAACGCGCUCCAAGUUCGUUGUGUACUCGAUUUGUUAAUUUCGUUUACUCAAAAAAAUCACGCAGAGGAGAGCAUCACUCUGGAGUUCUCGUUCUCGUCGCAGAAUGCCGCCCGGUUAACCGCCAUCGUCGACGAGCACUACAACAUCGUUUUGAACCGGCUGCGCUUGAAGAUCGCGGAGUCCGGGAAGUCGCUAGCGGACGUGGUGAAGCUGUACGACGCGGACAACAGUGGCACGAUCGACCGGCAGGAAUGCGACCAGGUUUUGUCCGCCUUCCCGUGCGAGAUCGAUGCGGAGGAGCGGGCCGCGGUGUUCACAAGACUGGCGGGACGCAAGGGCGAAAUCCCGGUGCAGGACUUCAUCGACGUGAUUUCGCACAGCAAGGAUUUGGUCUUGUCCGGCCCCGAGUGGGCGGUGAUGGAGGGCGGGCGGAUGCUCCGCAAGUUCGUGCCGGAGGCGGAAAAGCGAAAAGCCACCCUUCCGAAAAUGGAGGACGCCUUGACGGACGCGCUGCUCGAUUUCGCAAGAGCGCAGCCGAAAACCAAGGGGCUGCUGUCCGAGGACGAAUUUGGUGCGGCCUUGGCGUCGGUGGGCUACACGGACCUACUGAACAUGACCCGCGUGCUCGCGCACAUCAGCCGCGAUCGACAGGGAAAUGUGAACGUCGCGGCGUUUGUGCAAAAGUGCUGGUCCGCAUCCGCCGGAACGGUCACUCCGCGGGUGUCGCAGUUCACGCAAGCGGCGGCCGAUCCCAUGAUUCCAGAAAUCGAUCUAUUUGUGGAACCCGUCGCGUUCCACCUGUUCGUCGUGCUCCGUGAACGCCGACAGCCGCUCGAUGCGCUCUUCCGUAAAUUGUUUUUUUUGAGUUUUUUGAACUAGAGGAUGAGUACAAACAUCUACUACAUGCAUGACGUGGAGGAUGAAACGUGAAAAAACUCAAAACAUCUAAAGGAACCACGUGGAGAAACUCAAGUUUCGAAAGAGUUCUUUUUGUCAAACAUGAUUGCGAUUCACGUUCUCUCCAAUCAUUCAACAGGUGCCUUCCCAUCGUCCUAUCAGCUGAGCGAGAGCGAGCUCGUGUCCGGACUGAACGCGUUGCAGGUCGGUUUGUCACCCGGGCAGAUCCGCAAGAUUUCGCAGUUCAACCUGGCCCCGAAUCUCCAGCAGUUCCGCCAGACGUUCUUCGAGUCCAGGAGUGCCAGUAACGGCUUUGAGGUGUACUACCGCAACGUGAUCCAGUACGCCGCGGACAACCUGACGCGCGAAGCGGGCUCCACGGACAACGCGUUCGCGCAAUUUGCGAAGGACGGCCGCGUGGAACUGUUCCAGUUCAAAACGAUCCUGAUGAAGUACGACUUGCUUUUGUCCGAGAAGCAGCUCGACGAGGCCUGGAACGUCGUGAUGUCGAAACUGAAUUCACCCCGGUUGCAAGCCGCGGGCCGGCCCUCGCAGAAUGCGUUGGACUUGAACACGUUCCGCCAGCUGUUCCAGCCCUCCUCCGUCGUGCCCCCCAGCUUCGACACCUGGGUGCCGGGCUUCAUGAAGGCGAACUUUGUGAUGAAACUCAACCUGCUGAAACCGCGGCUGCGGGCCCUCGACACGGAAAAAGUGGGGUACUUGGAGAACAAGCGCAUCGUCUUGUCCAUUCUGCAAAUCACCGCGUACCAGGACCUGACCGGCGCCGGGAUCCAGCACGUGCUGUCCAUGACGGAAGCGCUGCAAGUUUUGCGGUUCAUGCCCUUCAAAGACGUCUACGGCCGGUACGACUACGAAAAGUUCGCGCAGCUCGUGGCCGAGGAGGACAGCUUCUCGAACCCAGUACUCGACCCGGAUCAGAAGGACGGUCUGAAAGCGAAGUGCGCGCAGUUUCAAAAGCUGCUCGAGCAGAAGCAAAUCAAGGACUUCGCGACGCUGCUCGCGCAGGUCAGUCCGCCCGGCGCCGCGUACGUCGCGCGGCAGACCCUGGUGCAAUCUCUGACCGCGGCCUUGGGGCUGCUGCAGUCGGACGCCGAGCAGUACUUCCUCGACCCCGCGACGGGGUUACUGCUCUUAGGGUUUGUGAAUCUGGAAGAGGAAGUACUGAUCCAGGACCUGGCACAGAAAUUCGACGCGGUGCUGGGCGUGACCAGUGUCACGGUGGACGCGGAGGAGAGCGGGUUGGGGAGGUUCCGGGACAACGUGUCGGAAUUCGACUCGAAGAACCCUGUGCUCCUGCAGAACCUGAUGCAGCAACUGCACAUCGCGCAGGGCGUCGCCACGGAGUAUCCCGGCGGGCUGGCGCCGUUCCACAAGCUGCAGCGACUCGUGGAGACCGCCACGUCCAAGCCGCUCGCGCUGAACGAGCAACAGGAGUUCAUGAAGUGGCUGGGCUGCGACAGCAUCCAGGCCGUGGUCCGAUACGCGCCCGUGCUCGCGUUUAACGUGCAGGUCCGCAAUUUCCACAUCAAGUACAACGCGGAAUCCCGACUGCAGCAGCAGUUUCGGCAGUUGCGGUUUGUGCUGUCGUUCUGCAACUGCCGGGUGGUCGGCAACGGGUUCGCCAUCGCGGCGGCCAAGGGCUUCCAGAACGUGAAGGUCACGCCGAUCGACCCCAACUUUUGGCAGCGCGCCGACUUCUACCUCGACGGGCCGAAGAGGUUAUCGGUGGACGACUUGAAGAAAGCCUUGGCGCUCGACGGGCCGGACAGUCACUUGCUCACGGUGGAGGUGCAGGGCGAGGUCAUCGGUCCGCAAGCCGGCCAGUGGAUCAGCUUGGCUAGAAUGGCUUACAAGUACUUUUACUGAUGUAGUUUUGAAAUGCUUGUCACCGGUGCUCUCACUUGCGCUACUAGUACGCAAAAUUUAUUUAUCUUUGGGUCGCGGGUCGUUUGUACUCACUGAAACUGAAGAAAUUAUGUCUCUGUUCUUUCAAAGGUAUCGGUCCAUCGAGUGGCCUGCCGGUCGCGACCUGGACCGCAAGAAGGAGGCGAUGCAGGUGCCGAUGGGACCAGAUAACCAGCGUGGGAAGCUGAGCUUCCACUUCGAUGUCCUGACCGACAAAGUUGCCCGCUUGGAGCACUUGGUACAGACGGGCGGCAACCAAACGCCGCGUACGCCCCGCGCGUCCGGGUUGACGAUCGAAAGACCCUCGAUGUCCGCACCGCCUCCGCAACCGCCGGCACCCGUGGCUGACACAGCACCGCAGCAGCCGUUUACCGCGCAGCCUAGUCUCGUGGUCGGCCCGCAACAAAGUGUAACGGCCAUGCAGCAGCAGUACAGCGCCAUGGCCGCGCCGCCGCCGGCGAUCGGAAAUCAGCCACCGGCGAGUAGCGAGCCCCCAAGCCUCAUGGGGAGUACGCUGCAGCAAUCGAUUCCAGUGGCGGGCAACGGCAUGCAGCAGCAGCAACCGUUUCCGCCUGCGUACGGACAGCAGCCGCCAGUACCGCCGUACGGACAACAGGCCCCGAUGAUGCCGCCGCAACCACCGAAUCCGUACGGGCAGCAGCCGCCGCCGGUGUAUCAGCAGCAGCCACCUGCACCCGCAGCGCCGCUGCCACCGUACGGGCAACCGCAGCAGCAGAUGUACCCACCGCAGCCGAUGCAGCCGCCGGGCCCAUACCAGCCGCCGGCGAUGGGAUACACUCCGCCACCCGCAAAUCCGUACGGGGCAGCACAGCCACCACCGAACCCGUAUGGCCAGCCGCCACCGGCGAACCCCUACGGUCAGCCGCCACCUAAUCCGUACGGUCAGCCACAGCAGCCGAUGAUGCCGCAGGCUGCACCGGUGCAGCCACCUGCGCCGCAGUACAACGCGCAGCCAACAUACGGAGCCCAGCCCCCACCGGCUCCCGCACAGGCACAACCACCAGCAGCGGCUCCCGCGCCAGCGGCAGAUCCCGCUACAGCGCAGGCUUCGAGCUUAGCGCAGCAGAAGGGAAUCACAGAGACCGUGCAAGCCGCGGAAGAAGGGGAGUACGGUGAUUUUUCUGAGUAAGGAGCGACUUGCUUGAUUUGAUUUUGAACAAAAAACUCUUCGAGGAGCUUUUUUGAAACGCAAAAUUUUCUUUUGGUCAAUUGUCGAUCUACGAAGUCGAUUGAAGUCUUUUACUUUGAAUACGCGAAAAAUUGAUUUGACGUUUAUACUUUGUCAGCACUUGCAGAAAAUAAACUGUCGGAAACAAAAUGUUGUAGUUGAUCUGCUUUUCUAUGCCUUUAGAGGGUUGGCCGAAGAGUACAUGCAGAGUUCUUCGUCAUCGGCAACAUGCCAUUCAAGGUAAACGGAGGCAGGAUCAAUUUCUCAGAGAAACAGGUCAAUUUCAAGUUUACAUCAACUGUGGUCGGCCAGAUUGGAAGUACUGCUACAUGUACGUCUUUCGCGAUAGCUGUCUGACUUUUGACAUUACGCACAGAUUUGCACAGUGCUUGAAGCAGAUUUCGAUCAAUGCAGGAGUUUUUAUUCCCCAGAAAAAAAGCUAAGGUUUAAGUUUAUCUGUAUCUCGUGGAACAUCGAAGGUGACGAGCAGGAAUCUGCAAUGCAACAAAGCAACAAAGAUACACUAAAGUAACUUGAGAUCUGUUUCAAACUUUUAGCUGUCGGGUGACUAGUGCUACGCAAAAAA